GGCCGCGCCGCCUCGGCGGCAGAGGAGUAUAGCCUGGAAAUAACCAACAAUGGCCCGAUCACAACAGGAGCUCAAGCUACUGUCCACGCCAGUCUAAGUAUGAAGAAUAACAGUGUUGCACCAAACUUGUAUCACUUUAACUGGAUUUAUGCUCCUCUGAUUCUGAUAGAGAAAUCUGAGCACCACUUGAACUCUGUGAUUAAUUUGGCUGGUGAAUUUCCUGGGACUUUUCCUGUAUCUGUUUGGGUGACUCACAGAAACUGUUGGUUGUGUCGGCCAGUUGCUAGAAAUGACACCCUGCUUCAGAUCACAGAAUUUAUCACAGGGAAUCUUACCAUUGCCCAGAUAGAAGACAGCAGAUUUAUCAGACAUGGUUCCAGUCCCUCCACAGGCACCAUGACCCGGAUUUCUUUCUGUCUUCAUGACCCAAGUCGUUACUUCAAGUCGGCAUCAUUUGUCUACAACUGGGAUUUUGGAGAUGGAGUUUAUCAGAUUACCAAGGAACCCUUUGUCUACUAUAACUGCUCUACCAUGGGGAAUCGCACAGUGCAUCUGAAAGUCAUAGCUGAAUGGGAGCAAGCUGGAAGCAUCAUACAUGAAAGAGAAACAGUGCAGAAAACUGGGGAUUUUAGCACUGCUUUGGAGCUGCUAGAUGCUGUUAGAAGUAUUAAUGUAGUGGGCUCCAGAGAGACUCACGUAAUGGAAAAUUUAAAUUUGACUCUUCAUAUCAACGGCACCCCGCCGCUGGCACUGUGCUGGCUUAUCAAGUCCGAGUGCAUUCCACUUGAAGGUGACAAAUGCCAUCUGGUGGUGAUUGACGGCUCCUGCUACAACCUCAGCCACACCUUCAGAGACGCCGGGCAGUACUGCCUCAGCGUCCGGGUGCAGAACGGCGCCACGAUGCUGCAGACCUACCAUGAAAUAAAAGUGUGGCCAACAGGGAUCCACCCAGUUCUCUUUGUCCUACUUUGCAUCGCUCUGGUUGCAGUGAUGGUAGGACUGGUGCUGUACAUGACCUUUCGAAGCAACACACAACAAAAAGAUCUCGUGGAGGUAGCGGACUUCGACUUUUCUCCACUGUCUGAUAAAAGCCUGUCUUCUCAUUCAGAGUCAGGCCGAAUGUGUUGCAGAUCAUGUUGCCUUCUGUCAUCUCAAGAAGCUGCCAGGGAGAGUCACGAACUGCUACAUUCUUUUUACAAGCCAGUCAAAACAUACACGGUGUGAAGAACACAAGUGCACUUUGGUUACACUGUCAAGUUUACCUUCUUCACUUAAGAUGAGUUAAAUGCCCAGUGCUGCAUGAAUGGUUUGGCUUUGCCAAUGCAAUGAGGUUAACCACUUUUAAGUCCAGCACUUGAGUGUUUCAUU